GGGCGGGGGGGGCUGAGGGGAACGGCUCGCACCUCGCACGGGGGGAGCAACCGCGGCGGGCGGAGGGAGGAGGAGAAAAGGAAGCCGAGCAGAGGGGCUGAGGAGAAGCGGGAGGGAAGGGAGCCGGGGUCUAGAGGAGGAGCUGAGCGCAGAGAGGCGGCGGCGGGCAGGGGCUCAGACGGGCCAGCAGCUGACGGCCGCCGGAGCGGCGGGCGGGAGGCGGCGGGGGGCAGGUGCGGGAGCCGCCUACAGCCGCAGGGCGGCGGCCGCCCGCGGGGCGCGGGGGGGCUCGGCUCGGCGCCCCGGCAGCGCGGCGGCGGCGGCCCCCGGGCCCUAUGCUGCCGCGGCGGGACCCGGCACCGGCUCGCCGCCUUCGAACGGGGCCCGCGGAGCGGCGCGGGGCGGCGGAGCCCGCCGGCCCCGGCACUUGGCCGGCAUGAGGAACCUGCCGAUCCUCCUCCUCUCGCUCUGCUGGAGCCUGGGGCCGGUGAAUGGUGUUCAUCCAGAAUGCAGAUUUCAGCUGGAGAUUCACAAGGAGGAAACAAGGUGCAUGGAACUUCUAAGGAAUUCAAAGCCAGUGGACUACAAAGGAUGUGUUGGAGUUUGGGAUAACAUCACCUGUUGGCGUCCUGCAAAGAUUGGAGAGACUGUCACUGUCCCUUGUCCAAAAGUAUUUAGCCUUUUUUCUGGCAAACCAGGAAAUAUUAGCAAAAAUUGUACAAGUAAUGGAUGGUCAGAUAUUUUUCCUGACAUCUUAAGUACUUGUGGAUAUAAUGACUAUGAAGAUGAUUAUAAGGUCAACUUCUAUGUAAGGGUGAAGGCAAUUUAUACCCUUGGACACAGCGUAUCUCUCAUUGCUCUUACUACAGGAAGUAUAAUUCUUUGCCUUUUCAGAAAACUUCAUUGUACUCGGAACUACAUCCAUCUGAACCUGUUCCUCUCUUUCAUUCUAAGAGCAGUCUCUGUUUUAGUCAAGGAUGAUAUUCUCUAUUCCAGCUCCAACACAGCUCACUGUCCGGAGGAUCAAACCUCAUGGGUGGGCUGCAAGGCUAUUUUGGUGUUUUUUCAGUAUGGUGUUAUGGCAAACUUUUACUGGCUCUUAGUUGAAGGACUUUACCUCCACAUCCUCCUUGUGCUAAUAUUCUCCCCCAACAGACACUUCACAAUCUACCUGCUGAUUGGAUGGGGAAUUCCUACCAUAUUCAUUAUUACGUGGACAGUGACACGGAUCAUUUUAGAGGACACUGGUUGCUGGGAUACAAAUGAGCAUGGUGGUCCCUGGUGGGUUAUACGAAUACCAAUUUUAAUUUCUAUUAUAGUGAAUUUUGUACUUUUCAUUAGUAUUAUAAGAAUUUUACUGCAGAAGUUAAGAUCUCCAGAUGUUGGAGGAAAUGACCAGUCACAGUACAAGAGACUUGCAAAAUCCACAUUGUUGCUUAUUCCACUAUUUGGAGUUCACUACACAGUGUUUGCUCUCUUUCCUGACCGCAGUUCCAAUAAUUAUAAAAUAAUCUUUGAGUUGUGUUUGGGAUCUUUUCAGGGGUUGAUUGUUGCAGUCCUGUAUUGUUUUUUGAACAGUGAAGUGCAAGGGGAGCUGAAAAGAAAAUGGCGGAGUUUGUGCUGGAAGCAGACAGCAGGCAGAGAUUACAGACUCCACAGCUCUUCGAUUUCUCGAAAUGGAUCAGAAAGCAUUUCUCAGCUCCACCGGAAUUCAAGGGCGCAGUCAUUUAUGCAGACAGAGACCACCAUGAUAUAAAUCAGCUAGGUCCCCCAAAACAUGAAAAACUGUGGGAUAUAUCAUUCAUUAUGCAGCUUGAUGUGAUAUUUUAUAAAAUUUACAGUUUAGUGCUUUGCUUUUCUACAUGUUGGUAUUUGGGAAAUUGGUUUGUGCAGCCAACCAGUUAGUAACAGAAACACCUGCCCCGUGGAUACUUUCUGGGGUUUUUUAAUGGUAUUCAUAUUAAUUCUGAUGUUCUCUUGCUGUUUACUAGCCGUAACUAUUCAACAACUCAUUUACUGUAAUGGUCCCUUUACCUUCCGACAUGUCUACAAGAUAGAUGUAUGGUAUCCUGUUCAAUGCAGACUGCUUUGGUACAUAUUGAAAAGGUUAAGAUGGGAAACAAGAAAAUUUCUCACACUUUAUUUAUACUUAAGGAAACAUUUCUUUCCUUAAGGAUUAGGAAAUUCUUUCCUAAUUAUGGAAAAUAAAAUAAAAAUAAAGAAAUGUAAGACUAUAAUUAACUGCACUGGGAGUUUAGUGUGCUAAUCCAUGAAAUCAUUAACAUUAUUUAUACAGAGGGAAAAAAGGUAGUACUUCUCAGCUAAUUGUAUAAAUUUCAAAGAUUACUUUCUACACAGUUUGAUCCCAAUCCUGUUCUUCCUUUCAAAAGUGCCUGGUUUUAUGUUUACAUGCAGAAAGUAGGGCUACCUUUGCAGUCCAUACAGAAAAGGCUACUGUAAUAGUUUUGAUUAAAACAGCAUUUUCCAGUAGUGCUAUUGUAAUCACCAGUUAUUCUCUUCUGUUUAAAAUUAGAGAUUUGUGUUGAUCUUUUAUUAAACAAUUUUCUGAAGAGGUGCUUUUUUGCUAGAGCAGUCUGGCAUAAGAUAAACAGCCUUGGAUAGCAUAUUACCCAUAGAAAAUAUCAUUUUUAUAUACUAUUUUCAUUGAAAUAUGUCUCUAGAACUACAUAGUUGGCAGCUAAAACAAGGAAUAUUGCAAUAAAGUUACAACUACCAUUUAAGGAAUAAUGUAAAUUCUUUUAGUUUAAUUCUAUUCUGUAGCUAUCAUCUGAGCUGAUUUAAAAUUUACUCCUGACCAUGACUCCAGCAAAAAUAAUUAGACAGAAUCCCUAAAAAUUACCAUAAAAGGCAUAAAUAGAAGAAAUUCUCAACAGCGCCAAGCCUCUUAUGUAGACAUUUUGUAAAAAAAAAAAUGACAUAGAACUAACAGAUUCUUAUAAAUACACACAGAACAUUUGCACUCUUUAAAAGAAAUAAACCCAAUGAUGUUUACUUCCCA